GAUCACUAAUCAACAUCUUUUGGUCCUGAUAAAAGAGCCUUCAAAAGUUGGAUAUAAAAAUAAACCUUAAAGUUGGGGCGCGUUUUGCUUCUGAUAUCUAGAUCGGUUUCAAGGUUACUUAUCACUUUGUAGUAAGUUUUCUAUCGUCCAUGCGCAAUAUAAAAGAGAGGGAAGCCGACAAUUCGCAUCGCUUGGUCAAAGACAUUUGAUUUACAGAAUGACCUUCAUUACUUUAUUGUAUGCUCUGGCCAUCUUACCAUCUCUCUAUGCGGCACCUACUCUUCUUCGUCGGGCGGAUAACCCUAUACUUCCAGAACAAACACUCGUUAAGUUGACUGUCAGUCUCUCACUUGCUUUUAUCCAAUAUACCAAUCUAAUUUUAUCCCACUAGACCCUUCUCGAUAACGUUGCCUCCACGACUGAUAAUACAUCCUGGACUGUAAAUGUCUAUGGAUAUUUGACCACGAGCCUGGCCAACUCCCCCAUCAAAGACAUUAUCUCCCUCUUCUCACUUAAUCCCAAUGCAGAGGAUCUUACGCGGCUAGAGGAACGCAUUAAACUGUUUAGUGUCAUUGGCGUUCAGAAGCAGCCGAUCACCGUCCAACUGCCCGCGUUCGCUAAAGCAGCUGGACAGCAAACAGUGACCUUGGAACCAACAUCUGUGGCCGGUGAAAUCAACACGACAUUCACAAUCACAGCCGAUGUAGCCGGGAAGCCCGAUGCCACUUUAGAUUAUAAAGCGGUGCUUGACCCUUCUGACAAGCGUGACGUUGGUGGGCGCGCAUUCCUUGUGCCUAGCGAAGGGUACUCUAUUAUUUCGGAUAUUGAUGAUACCAUCAAAAUCAGUGAAGUCAACGACAAAAAAAAGCUGUUGGACAAUACGUUCCUAAAACCAUUCACUCCUGUUCCUCAGAUGUCUGACCUCUACAACAAAUUGGCGAGUGGGCUUCGCGAGACCAACCAGAACCCGGCCUUCCACUACCUCAGUGGAUCCCCGUGGAAUCUUUUUAGACCUCUCCUGAACUUUACUCAAGAGUUCAAAUUUCCUCCCGGCCAGUUCAUUUUGCGUGACUUGGCAGUUCUGGACGGGUCCUUUAUUGACUUUUUGACCCAAAGCAAGACUUACAAACUUGAGCGAAUUGAGCUUCUCCUCAGAUCAUUCCCAAAUCGGAAGCUGAUCAUGUUUGGUGACUCGACGGAGGCGGAUCCCGAAAUUUACGGCGAGGUAGCUCGUCGGUUUCCCAACAACGUAUCGUGCAUCUCUAUUCGCCGCGUUACCGGCGUCAAUGCUGGGAAAGAAAAGACGCAAUUAGCUGACGACCGAUUUGAAAAGGCUUUCGCUAAUGUUGACAAAAGCAAGUGGCGCACCUUUGCAGAUGCGACGGAGAUCUCCGCCGACUCCCUUGCCAAGGGCCUAUGCCAAAAUGCUUAAGCACUCCUUUUUUGCUAUAUGGAACCUGAUUUUGUAUUUUUUUUUGUUGAUCAAAACUAGACUAGGCUUGUCCUGCGUCUUGCUUAUUGUAGAUAUUUUAUUGUUUUAGAUAGAGUUGUAGAAUAAUAGAUAUUUGCAC